AUGAUGUUUCUGAACCCCCACUCGAUGCUUUUGCUGCUUGGCGCUCUCGCUGUUUCAGUGGAGAGUAUGAAGAUCAGGUGGUACUAUCAUGGAGACAACACCAAGUGUGGUACGGCUGGUCUACCAUCAACAAGUACACUUCGAAUGAGACAUAUCUACCCGGUCAUUUUCGACAAGAAAACCAAGCUCAUUUUGCGUAUUGUAAAAAUCUAUUCUGUCAAAGGCGGUGGAACAGGCGGCGCCGUUAACGUGGAAUACAAAGGGAAUGUUACGGAGAACCUUGAUUAUGGAGCGUACUUCAGUUUUAUUCGUACUUCAAACUUACGCAGGAAUGAAAACCUAUUAACCAAUUACCUACUCGGCUAUGAAAAGUUAAAUGACAACGAGACUCCAGUACCACCUGGUACUGGUAGUGAUUUCUCCGAGAUGUACAAUGACGCUCCAUUUUUGUUCAGGACCCAUAUCCUUGAAGUGAAAGAAACAGGAGAAGAGAAGAAUAUCAAAUUGUACGUUUCCGACAGGUGUGGUGUGGAUCAAACAUGGAUUGCCAACGAGGGUUACUACCGGCUUGACACCGAUACCGGACAAUACCUACCAAUUUAUUAUGAUCCACUUCAAUCGGACUUUUAUUACUAA